AUGGAUUUUUUAACUCGAUUCAAAGGUAGAACCUAAACCAUGAAUAAGAAGGAAGGGAUUACUGGAAUAAUUAAAUCAAAUGGCAAACCUAUAGAGAAAAUACCUGCCUUUUAAAGUUUUAGUUCAUUGCUUGCUACAACGGCAUCAAAUACUAUCUCUGAUUCUGAGAAACAGUCCCUCUAUUCUAAUGAUUUUACACCAAAGAGCAAGGAUCCAAAGAUUAUUACAAAUAUUAGCACAUUUCACAAUAGAAAAUCAUCUUUAGCAUCUCCUCCAACUCCAAGUUCUAAUCUCAAUAUGUCAAAAUCAUAAAUAGAACUUAAUAGCAAUUAAAAGCAAACUUUAUCAAAGACAGGGUAAACAAAUUUUAAUUUGAAUGAUUACUAAUUGAUUAUCAUUCCAAAAGAGGCAUUAUGUAAUAGAAUGAUUUUGAUAAUUUAGGUCAAUAUAAAUUGGAAAAUACUGAAUGCAAUUUUUAAAGCAAAGAGCCUUUAUAAUAGAUAUAAUAAAGAUAUUAUUGCUCUAAAUCUCAAUCGUUGGAUACAUAAAAAGAUAAGCCUUUGAUAAAAUCUUAAAUACUGAGUCAGGGAUCUUAUUAUUUAUAAAAUGAGAGGAAAAAAAGUAUGAUAUAGACAGGUUUGAAUACACUUCAAUACUGAGACAUUAUAACUUAAUUAAUAUUUAUAUAUUAAAAUAAAAGCAACAAAAAAAAAA